AUGAAGUCUCUCGCUCUUUUGAAGCUUGUUUUGCUUCUGCCUCAGCUGGCCCUAGCCGACAUUUGUAACAACAACUGCGGUCGUCAAGUCGCUGGCACAGCCAGGCAGAGCCCUCCUUUUGCCUCCAGAUCCUCCUUGUGCUCAGCCUUUGUGACGGCUAACGGCGUAGAAGCCCCUCAACCUGAGCCGUCUGUCAAUGCACGCGGGCUCAGGUGGAAUGCCUUCUUCCGCCGUCAAGAUGCGCCGGAGCCCGUAAUCACGGGAACCAAGCCCGCCUACGCGAGCUCUUGCCCUGACGCUACGGCCUACUGGUCUGCUUGCCAGUGUAUUGACGGCAUCACGGCUACCACUGCUGCUCCGAGCUCUCAAACCACGACGGAGAUCUUGAGCACCAUCACACCUGAGCCUUCCCCCACUACCACCGAGACGUCGAGCACAAGCUCCUCGACUACGGAUACCCUGCCUGUCUGCACCCAAGGCCUUGAAUUUGCCAUCUACUCCAUAGACCCAGACUCCACUCUCUGCACCGAGGCGCUGAUCUCGACCCAGUCUCGUACCUUGAAUCUCCAGCAACUCCUUGAAGGCCGUAUCCCUGACGGCACGGGCCUCACGUCGGGAUCCAGCUCUAUUAGUUUCAGCCUCAGCGGUGAGCAGGCAUCUAGCCCCAUCGAGUACAACGGCGUCCAGGGCCCAGCGGGCUCGACCUCUGUGUGCAACAUCAUCGCCCACCGCGGCUACAUCGAGUUUACUGCGCCUGGCGAGUACAGCCUCUUAUCCAAUGUGCCUGACGACGUUAUCCUCGCCUGGGUCGGCCCGGUUGCCAAUUCCGGCGAGUUCCGCGCCGGUAACAGCGAUGUCUGGGGCCGAUGUUGCGAUUUUGAGGACUCGUUGAUUUACAACUUUACCAUACCACCUUUCGUAGGCCCAAGCUUUCACGUCGCUUACCGGAUCUUCUACGGUAACGCAGUCGGACCUGGAAAUUUUGCGAUAAAGGUCGUUCAUAAUGCCGACUCGCCUGAGGAAGAAACUGAACCGUCCCUUGUCGCGAGCUGUGUUGGGGAGGAACUUGGUGCCCCUGAGUGGCUGCCAUGGCAAGACGAAGUUGUUUUGCCUUAA